AUGGCCGAUUCCGUCGAGCAAAAGAUCCCACCUGCCAAUGCCACUGACGCUGUGGAGGACCCUGCUGCUGCUCAAGCUGCUGCAGAAGAAGUGGUUGCUGAGGAGACUUUUCAGUUGACGAUCAAGCUUCCUGAUGGUCAAGGUGAAGGUGUCAAGAUCAUUGCUAGUCCACGUGAAACCAUUCAUGACAUCAAGCAAUCUAUCAUGGAGUCGCCCGAGACGUGUGCUCACUCUUGCUUCCAUCUUGCUUUCAAUGGCCAAGUAUUGAAUGAUUUCCUCGAGUUGGGUGAGGUACAAGGCAUGACUACCGAGAGUGAUUUGGUAUUGGUGGAAGCCCCUUACAACGAGCGUGAUGUCCGUAUCCAUAUCAACCGCUUGCGCGAUUUAUUGGGUGGCCCAUACAAACAGAAUCCUUCUGCUGCUGGUAUUGAUGGUGGUAUUUCCUUCUUGACAGCUGUCACUGGCGAAAUUGAUGAAGAGAUCGUUCCUGAAAAUGAAAAGAAGGUCGAAGAUUUGUUCUCUGAUGAGCCUAUUCCUGAGCACGCAUUCACUGGUGCUGAUAUCAACGCUCGAUCCAAAUUGUCGGAUUUCGUUCCUUCCGCUUUCCAACGUGUGGCACCACAAUGUCUCAAAAGCAUCGCCCUUUCUGGUUGGAACCCUGUUCCUCAUGCUCGUAGAUUGCAGGGUGAUUUGUUGUAUCUUGCCGUGACCACUCUUGAGAAUGACAAUGUGCACAUCACUGCCAGCACUAAGGGAUUCUUUGUCAACAACUCCAACACAUCCACUUUUGAUCCUUCUCGCAAGCAGAGCAACAAGAAGGUGUUUGCUCAUUCUUUGAUCACUCUCUUGCAAAACAUCUCCGGUCAAUUUGCUUCCAAUUUCAUCAAGUUGCAAGAUUUCAUCACUCGCCAUCACAUGCUCGAAGUGCUUCCCUCCAAUACCUAUUUCCCUGCACAUCCGUGGGUGGUCCAAGCACCUGAACAUACUUAUGAUCCCGCACGUCCUGCUGAACCCCUUCUUAACUUUGGCUCGGAUGCUGUCGAAUCCCUACGUGACUGGAAUGACGAACUUCAAUCGCAUCGUGAGCUUCCAAAGUCCAAUCUUCAGGAACGUGUGCUACGUGAACGUUUGAUCAACAAGGUUCAAGCCGAAUUCACUGAUGCUGCUGUAAGAGGUGCAAUGGCUGUUGUCAAUGGCAUUGUUGUCCCCUUGAAUCCUCUUGAGCCCGAAGAGUCGCACAUGUAUGUCUACAACAAUAUCUUCUUCAGCAAGGGCAAUGAUGGCCGUGGAUCAUUUGAUUUGUUGGGUGGUGAUGAAGCUGCUCAUGUGGCUACUGGCAAGGAUCUUGAAGGUGUUCGUAUCUUUAACAGCAUCGACUCGACCAACUUGUAUACUCUUGGCACCGUUAUUGUGGAUUACAAGGGUGUGCGUGUCAUUGCCCAAAGCAUUGUCCCUGGUAUCUUUAGACGCUCAGAAGAAAACACCAUUGUGUAUGGUUCGGUGGACAAUGGCGUAGAGAUCCUCGCUGACAAGACUUUCCAUGAUGCCAUUGGUCGUGAUAUCGUCAAGUCUUUGCAUCUUGCUGAACAUGGUGUUGUGGAUGAAAAGGGCAAUGAAGUCAAGUUGCACACUUCCAUGGAAACCAAGGGCUUGUUGGGUGCCGAUGGUCGUCGUUACAUGCUUGAUCUUUAUCGCACCAACCCUGUUGAUAUCGAAUUUCAAGAAAAGGAAUGCAAUGAGGAUAAGCCUGAUAUGCCAGCAUAUCCCCACAAGAUGACCUUGUUGCGUCCUGAGCUUAUCAGCUUGUAUUGGGAACACAAAUUCCGUGAAUGGGUCAAGGCUAAGACUGAGGAAGUGAAGAAGGAGCGUGAACAAAACAAGCCAGCUGUUGAAGAGAAGAAGGAUGAAGAGAAGAAGAAGGAUGAAAAGAAGGAUGCUGAAGAUGAAAAGAAGGAGGAUGCUGAGGGCGACAAGAAGGAUGCUGAGGAAGAAGAGGAUAUCAAGAUUGAUGUUACCGAAUUCAAGUUGUCCUUCAACCCUGAUGUUUUCACCUCUGCCAAAUUAGCUGGUGGUGCCGACUCUGCCAUUGUCAAGGAGGAAGAACAAACUGUGCGUGAUGCAUCCAAGUUUUUGAACGAUGAAGUUAUCCCCAGCCUUGUGCUUGAUUUUGCAUCCUAUGCUGUUUCUCCUUUGGAUGGUGAAGCUUUGACCAAGGCUAUGCAUCGUCGUGGUAUCAACAUGCGUUAUCUCGGCAAGAUUGCUCAGUUGGUAUCUAUCAGCGAGGACAAGCGUAUUGAGCACAUCCAAGAGUUGGCCAUUCAAGAAAUGAUUACUCGUGUUUGCAAGCGUUUGCUCCGAAAGUACUUGAACAGCUGCAAGGUCGAUGAAAUUCGUGCUUGUGUCGCCCACUUUUUCAACUGUCUCCUUGGCAACCAACUCAACCCCAAGCCUAAGCCUGAUAUCCCUGAUAGUGCUUCUCGUAAUGAGAUUGAAUGGGCUAAGCUUACUCCAUCCAUGCUUGAGAGCAUUGUCAAGCGUCAAGUCUUGCUCCGUUUCCGCUAUAAGCUUGAUGAUGACUAUCUCAGCAAGAUCAAGCCUGUGCCUACUCUUCGUGAGAUUUGUUUGCGUGUUGGUGUCCAAUUGGAAGCCCGCGACUACCGUUUCCAUGCCUACGAUCACAAUGAACAUGAAGCUAUGGUUGCUGAACAAGCAAGAAUUCGUAAGGCUCAACAAGCUCAACAACAACAAGGUGGCAAGGUCAAAAAGAGCAAGAAGGCUGCUGCCAAGGAAGAAGCCAACAAGCCAAAGUAUCGUGUCAAUACCUUCCUUCCUGAAGACGUCCAAAACCUUAUGCCUACUGUCAAGCAAGCAUCGUCUAGAAGCUUGUUUGCUGAGGAAACCUUUGAAGCUGGCAAGAUGAGCUUGGCCCAAGGUCACCGUCAACUUGGUUUGGAGUUGUUGCUUGAAUCCUUGACAUUGCAUGAACAGACUUAUGGCUUUUUGCAUCCUGAAACCAGCAAGUGCUAUGCAACUCUCGCCAUGAUUUACCAUCACAGCGAAGAUAGGGAAGCUGCUUUGGAUCUCCAACGUAAGGCCGUGAUUGCAGCUGAGCGCACCAACGGUGUUGAUCAUCCUGAGACUGUUCAUCAUUAUCUCAACCUUGGUCUCUUUGAGCACGCAGCUGGUCGCACUAAGCUUGCUCUUCGUUACAUUCGCCACGCACUCUAUUAUUGGGAUCUCCUCUUUGGUCCUGGUCACCCCGACUCUGCUACUGCCGAUAAUAAUGCUGGUGUCAUGUUACAAUCCCUUCGUGACUAUCCUUUGAGCACUCAAUUCUUUGAGCGUGCAUGCACAACGCAAGAAACCAUUCUCGGCAAGGAACACGUUCUUACAGCUACCGGUUAUCAUGUGCUUGCAAAGGCAUACACCCUUCAAGGUCAAUUUGGAAAGGCUUUGGAGGCUGAACGUUUGGCAUUUGGCGUCUUUGAAAAGAAGCUUGGUGCUGAAGACCCACGAACCAAGGAAAGUGACAUGUGGCUCAAGGAGUUGACAUCUAAUGCUGUGUUGACUGCACAACGUAUGCGACAGCAGGCUCAAAUUGCAGAGUCUCAGGCACGUGUCUCUGGUCCUACCGCAAAUGCUGCACCUUCGCAAAUGCACCGAGGCGAGAUGCCUAUUGAUCAAGUUUUGCAGUAUAUCAAUGGUGAGGCACCCAAGAGCAAUGGUGCACGCAAGGGCAAAAAGAAGAGUGCUCAAAAGAAGCGUCGCUAA